CGAACGGCGAUAAGAGAGAUUGCAAAAAGAAAGCGAGAGUUCUACUCACCUUUGUUUUGCAUCUCUGCACUUGCUCUCCCCUUCAGGAGCAAGAACUCAAGCCUAUUCUUCCAGCUUCGCUGAGAAAACCAGUAAACAAACGCAAUGGAUGUUGCUACUGCCGCAGACAAGAAAGGACCCCCCAGGUUCAAGCUGAGGGCCCAGCGCGUCUUCAAGAGCAAGGCCCCCAAGCCUGGCCAGAAGGGGUUCGGUGAUGACAUCCCAGGGAUGGAGGGACUUGGAACAGACUUCACCGUGGUCUGCCCAUGGGAGGCGUUUGGUGACAUGGAGCUCAGCGAUCUGGCUAAAUACGGAAUUGUUUAGUGCCCCACCCUUUCUCUCCUUCAUCCUCCCCCCUUCUCUCCUCGAUGCCUACCUCUUCUCCAGUGGGGCUUCUCAUGCCCUGCUAGCGCUGAAAGGCAUCACCAGUUAGCAAGUAUGCAGUCGCCUGCUCAGCCGAUGAUCGAACCAUCAAGCGAGCAAGCAUGGAUGACAGCCGCCAUCAACACAAUGCCUAUUUUCUACUUCCCUUUCAGAUUUAAAAAACGAAUAUGGAUGCAAUUGGAAACGGACUUCCUUCCCACCCCCCAAUCCGUCCCCACCCUCUGUAGAGGAAUGACCAUUAGCACCCCCAGCGAGCAAACAAAGGGAAAGUCGACUCGAACAUCUGUACAGUACCUUGAUAUGCUUCUAGUGGUCAAGUAGAGGAAUAAAAAUGAUGCUUAAGGCACAA